UUUCCCUGUAUCAUAUUCUUCCAUUCAUUCUUCUCUCAACUUCCCAAAACAAACAGAUUUUUGCUUCAUUGCUCGUCUUUGUUUCUUGUUUUUUUGUUUCAUACAUGGCUGAGAAAGAAGCCCAGCUGAACGGAGCCUACUACGGCCCCUCAAUUCCACCACCCACAAGGCACUACCACCGCCCUGGCCGUGGCUCAGGUUGCGGAUGCGGCUGCUGUCUUUUGAAGCUCCUCUUCAACAUCAUCAUCACCGCUGUGGUCGUAAUUGGCCUCGCUGUUCUCAUCUUCUGGCUCAUCUUCCGCCCCAACAAGGUCAAGUUCCAUGUGACAGACGCCUCGCUUACAGAAUUCAACUUCACCACCAACAACACACUGCAUUACAACCUUGCCGUUAACAUCACGGUGCGUAACCCCAACAAGAGAAUCGGCAUUUACUAUGAUCGUAUUGAGGCCAGGGCUUACUAUGAGGAUCAAAGAUUCAAUACGCUUACUUUGACCCCGUUUUAUCAAGGUCACAAGAAUACCAGUUUCUUGAACCCUGUUUUCAGCGGCCAGAAUCUUGUUGUGCUUGGCGCUGAAGAGACUUCCAAGUUUAAUGAAGAGAAGACUAGUGGGAUUUACAGUAUUGAUGUGAAGUUGUACUUGAGGAUUAGAUUCAAGGUUGGCAAGGUUAAGACUGGCAGGUUCAAGCCCAAGAUUUCUUGUGACUUGAAGGUUCCUUUGAGCUCUGCCGAUGGCAGCUUGGCUGGUGCUCCUGAAACCACCAGAUGUGAUUGGGAUUUCUGAUCAGGCGGCUCUGAUUCGAGUUUUUAUCGAGCCUUUGAUUCCAUUUCAUUCGGGGAUUUACACUAUUAUUCUUUGGUUUUUGUUUUUAUCAUUCCAGUAGAUAUACGGUGGUCUUGGUUUUGAGAUAUACACUGAUUAUUAUGUUUGAUUAUUCAUUUUUGUUUCAUGGGGUACGUUUGUGUGAAUAAAUAAUGAAUUUUAGUGCUUGUUUGAAUUGAUCUUCGUUA